GAAUCCAAUUUUAGGUUAUUGGCUCAAUAGAAUUGAAUCGAGAUCCUAAUUCUUUACUCCACCAUGAGUGGUUGAUAUGAGAUGAACAGAUAAGGUUUAAGGUUAAUGCUUUUAUGAGCAGUAAAUUUGCCACAGAACUCCGCCUAAAAGUCUCAAAAAUCCCUUUGCUACAACUGUAAUAUACUGUUUAUGCUCUCACAAACUACUGAUUACCAGCGUGACAACCCAGUUCCCGAUGGUUCCAAGCACUACCCCUAAGCCGGCGCCGCCGCCGCCGGUGGCCGCGGCGUCGGCGCCUCAGCCUCGGCACAUGUUCGUGUUCGGCGCCGGUUUCGUCGGCCGCUACGUCUCGGAGCGCCUCCUCGCUCAGGGCUGGCAGGUCUCCGGGACGUGCACCAGUGCUGCCAAGAAGAGGGAGCUCGAGGCGCUGGGCAUGUGUGCUUCCGUCUUCGAUGCCACAGAAAGCAAUUUGGCAGAUCUCCAAAGUUUGCAAUGCGCAACUCACUUGCUCGUUUCCAUUCCACCCAUCCUUGGAAUUGGUGAUCCUCUACUUAACUUAAAUGAAGACCUCAAGAGAACACUGAGCCAUGGUAAUGUUCAAUGGUUAUGCUACCUUUCAUCAACAAGUGUAUACGGUGAUUGUGGUGGUGCAUUGGUUGAUGAGGACCAUGUAGUAAAUCCUAAGAGCGAGUCUGCCAAAUUAAGACAUACAGCUGAAAAAGGAUGGUUGAAUCUUAUAGAUGAUCCGGAUCUGUCAGCUUCUAUACUUCGUUUAGGAGGAAUAUACGGGCCUGGAAGAAGUGCUUUGGACACCUUAGUUAAGAGCAACUCUUUGUCACAGCGACAAAAGUUGCGGGAAUCUAAGCAGUACACUGCACGAAUUCACGUGGCUGACAUCUACCAGGCUAUCUUGGCAAGCAUGAGCAUCAGAUGUGCAAGGAAAAUAUUCAAUGUGGUCGAUGAUGACCCUGCCCCUAGAGCUGAAGUUUUUGCGUUUGCUAGGAGCUUGAUAGAGAGGAGAUAUCCUGAUCUGAUAACUGAACCCAUUGAUGUUAAUUCUACGGGAUUCGAUUCUCAAGUGAGAAUCAUACCUGCCAAGAAACGGGUCUCUAACGCUCGGCUGAAGCAGGAACUAGGUGUUGAGCUGCUUCACCCAACUUAUAGAUCUGGGCUGCAGAGUAUUCUUGAUUCUUGGCAAGCUGAGUCUAAACUUCCCGAUAGAAAUCGGUGAUGUACAGUUUUGGUACAUAUACAUUUUCAAGUAGCAUGUUUCUCCCAAUGUAUGUGCGUGUAGCUGUCCUGGAUUUGGUUAAUGGAUAACAGAUCACGAGAAUUCUCUUGCUUAUACAGAAGGCAGCUUACUUUGG